AAAGAACAAUCGCUCAGAAGUUAGUUAGUGCACGAGCUGCGUGAAGGUUUGAUUUAAACAGUUCGGCAGUUAGUUGCAACUAAUUCGUUGUUAAUUAAUUAAGAUAAUGAGUGAGAGUGAGGUGCAAAGUUACAUGGAUUUUGUUCUGCCUUUGGUGUUGGAGUCGGGAAAGAAUCUCCUCGGCAUAGAACAAAUAAAUCCAGAAAUUAAAAAUGGGAACGAUUGGGACGUCGUCACGAUCUACGACAGGAAAAUCGAGGAUCUCCUCAUCCAAAAGCUGAAACAGAAAUACACGACGCAUAAAUUUAUAGGUGAAGAAGAGUCAUCGGCGAACAAACGAAUUGCAACUUUAACGAACUCACCUACGUGGAUAAUCGACCCGAUAGAUGGCACGGCGAAUUUCGUCAAAAGGAUGCCGAUAACUUGCAUCUCUGUCGGGUUAACUAUUAACAAAGAACGGGUGUUCGGCAUCAUCUAUAAUCCGUAUAUGAACGAACUAUUCACCGCCAAAAGGGGACACGGGGCCUUUUUAAAUGGUCAAAGAAUAUUCACUAGCGGGGAAACCGAUAUCAAGAAGUGCAUAUUCAAUUACGAACUGUCGUUGGCCAUACAGAACGAACAGCUAAUGGAGUUGUACAUGAGCCGAUUAAAGUUUUUAAUCAAUGAAAUAUCCGGGAUAAGGUCCUACGGAUCAGCCGCUCUAGGUCUAUGUUACGUGGCAUGCGGAAGAAUUGAUGCGUACCAAUGUGACGGACUUUAUCCCUGGGAUGUAGCCGCCGGUACCCUUAUUGUCGAAGAAGCUGGAGGAUCUGUAGUAGAUUCAGGAGGAAAACCGUUUGACUUGAUGAACCCCAACUUCCUGGCUUCGAGUACUGAGACCCUCGAGGCCCAGUUUAUGAAAACUGAACGGGCAGCUGACGCAUUCAGGGAGAAGAACAAGACGAACCAAUUCCUACCAGAAGAUGUAAUACGUAACGAAAAAACUAAAUAGAAACAUGAUUGGUUUGGAAAUAAAGUAGCUAGUAUUAGUA